UCCCACGCCCGCCUCGGCCGCCUUUUCGGCGGGAGCCGCUACUCCAGAGUGCUCGGUAGCGUGGGCCGGCCGGGGCCCCAUGUGGUGCCGACAUCACUGACAUGGCGGAAUCCCCGCCGAGCCCUCCCGGCACUCGCUCCAGCUAACCGGGACUCGCCGCCCCGCACCGCCCUCCCGCAGGAAGUCUGUUGUGGGAAAUUCUCCAUGAAUGUACGUCACAAUGAUGAUGACCGACCAAAUCCCGCUGGAGCUGCCGCCCUUGCUGAACGGGGAGGUGGCCAUGAUGCCUCACAUCGUGAAUGGCGAUGGAUCACAGCAGGUCUUUUUGGUUCAAGUUAAUCCAGGUGAAACCUUUACAAUAAGGGCUGAGGAUGGAACCCUCCAGUGCAUCCAAGGACCAGCAGAGGUUCCCAUGAUGUCACCCAAUGGAUCCAUUCCCCCUAUUCAUGUGCCUCCCGGUUAUAUCUCACAGGUGAUAGAAGACAGCACGGGCGUCCGGAGGGUGGUGGUGACGCCGCAGUCUCCGGAGUGUUUCCCCCCCAGCUACCCCUCGGCCAUCUCACCAACCCACCACCUACCCCCCUACCUGGCACACCAUCCCCACUUCAUCCACAACUCCCACACAGCGUUUUACCCUCCUGUCACUGGACCUGGGGACAUGCCACCACAGUUUUUCCCACAGCAUCAUCUUCCCCCAACAAUAUAUGGAGAGCAAGAAAUCAUACCACUAUAUGGGAUGUCCAGCUACAUCACCAGGGAAGAUCAGUACAGCAAACCACAGCACAAAAAACUCAAAGACAGGCAGAUCGACCGGCAGAACCGCCUGAACAGCCCUCCCUCCUCCAUCUACAAGAGCCACAUAGGCAGCUGCACCACCGUGUACAAUGGUUACGCCAAGAGCCACAACGGGGCCAGCAGCGGCGGCGGGGGAGCCCCGGCCCUGAAGAAACCGGAGCGCAGAGCAAGGAGCAGCCCAAAGUCCAAUGAGCAAGACCCACAUGAAUUUGAUUCAGAAACAAAAAGGGUUCAGGACAUUCUUUCUGGAAUGGAGAAACCACAGGUUACAAAUAUUCAAGCAAGAACAGUUUUGCUUUCCUGGUCUCCUCCCCCUGGCCUUCUCAAUGCAGAUAGACACAACAACGGUUUGCCUUACACCUGUACCUACGAGGUUGCCUUAUCAGAUAAAGGGAGAGAUGGGAAAUACAAGAUCAUUUACAGUGGAGAAGAAUUAGAAUAUCACCUGAAAGACCUUAGGCCAGCAACAGAUUAUCACGUCAGGGUAUAUGCAACAUACAACUCAGUCAAAGGAUCCUGCUCAGAGCCAGUCAGCUUCACCACUCACAGCUCAGCCCCAGAGAGUCCCUUCCCACCCAAAGCCUCGCACAGGACCAAAAGCUCCUUAACCUUACAGUGGAAGGCACCCAUUGAUAAUGGUUCAAAAAUCACCAGCUACCUUCUGGAGUGGGAUGAGGGAAAGAGGAACAGUGGUUUCAGAGAAUGCUACUUUGGGAGCCAGAAGCAUUGCAAGCUGACCAAGCUGUGCCCAGCUCUGGGUUACACCUUCCGCCUGGCGGCCCAGAACGACAUCGGUACCAGUGGGUACAGCCAGGAGGUGGUUUGCUACACUGCAGGCAAUAUUCCUCAGACCCCUUCUGCACCACGGCUCAUCCGAGCUGGUGUGACGUGGAUCUCAUUGCAGUGGAAUAAAGUAGAGGGAUGCACACCAGAGGAAGUGAUUUCCUACACCCUGGAAAUUCAGGAAGAAGAUAAUGAUAGCGUGUUUCACCCAAAGUACACUGGAGAGGAGCAAGCCUGUACUGUGAAGAAUCUCAGAAGAAGCACACAGUAUAAAUUCAGGCUGUUUGCUUCCAACGUGGAAGGGAAGAGUUCUCCCAGCGAAGUUUUGGUCUGCACAACCAGCCCAGACAGGCCAGGACCUCCAACCAGACCCGUGAUCAAGGGGCCAAUAACAGCUCAUGGCUUUAGUGUGAAGUGGGAUCCUCCACAGGAUAAUGGUGGUUCAGAAAUCCUAAAGUAUCUGCUGGAGAUUUCUCAAGGAAGUCCAGAAGCAAACCAGUGGGAAGUGGCCUACAGUGGCUCAGCUACAGAAUACACCUGUACUCACUUGAAACCAGGCACUUUGUAUAAACUCCGGGCAUGCUGUAUCAGCACUGGUGGACACAGUCAGUGCUCCGAGAGUUUACCUGUCCGCACGCUGAGCGUCGCGCCGGGGCCCUGCCGCCCGCCCAGGCUGCUGGGCAAGCCGAGGCACAGGGAGGUGCAGCUGCAGUGGGAUGUCCCUGAGUCAGAGAGUGGCUGCCCCGUCUCUGAGUACAGUGUGGAGAUGACAGCCCCUGAAGAAGUGGUUUCUGAGGUGUACCACGGGGCUGAGCUGGAGUGCACCGUGAGCAGCCUCCUCCCCGGGGCCACCUACGGGUUCCGGGUGCGGGCGCUGAACGACGGCGGGUACGGGCCGUAUUCGGAGGCCACAGAGGUCACCACAGCAGCAGGACCACCAGGCCAGUGCAGAGCACCUUCCCUGUCCUUCCUGUCUGACACACGAGUCCUGGUCAGCUGGGAGAGUCCUGAAUGUUCUGGUACUGACAUCUCUGAAUACAGAUUAGAGUGGGGAGAAGAGGAGGAAUCUCUACAGCUUGCAUAUAGUGGCACAGAAACCUGCUUUGAAAUCGGUGACUUGUCAGCAGCAACGCAUUACUGCUGCAGGCUACAGGCCAUGAACCAGGCUGGAGCUGGCCCCUACAGCGAGCUGGUGACCUGCAGAACCCCCGCGGCCGUGCCCGGCGCCGUCUGCGCCCUGUCCGUGCUGGAGGACGAGCACGUGGCUGCCUGCCAGCCCUCACCCUCCGUGUGCCUUGUGCUGGGCUGGGAAGAGCCCAGCAACAACGGGGCUGAGAUCACAUCCUACAACAUCGACCUGGGAGAUGUCAGCAUCCCCGUGGGCAACGUGACCAGCCACGUCAUCGAGGGCUUGCUGCCCGAGACCUCGUACCGGAUCAGGAUCCAGGCUGUCAAUGAAAUUGGAGCUGGACCUUUUAGCCACUUUAUUAAAGCAAAAACCAGGCCAUUGCCACCCUUACCUCCACGGCUGGAGUGUGCUGCAGCAGGGCCUCAGAGCCUGAAGCUGAAGUGGGGAGACAGCAGCUCCAAGCUUCACUCUGCUGAUGACAUGGUCUACAUCUUGCAGAUAGAGGACAGAAAUAAAAGGUUUAUCCCAAUUUAUAGGGGACCAAGUCACACAUACAAGAUCCAGAGGCUGACAGAAUCCACCUGUUACUCAUUCAGAAUACAGGCAGUCAAUGAUGCUGGGGAGGGACCUUUCUCAGAAAUCUGUACUUUCUGCACAACUAAGUCACUCCCACCUGCAAUCAAAGCCCCUCGAGUAACACAGUUGGGAGGAAACUCCUGUGAAGUUACCUGGGAAAUGGUCCCACCCAUGAAGGGAGAUCCUGUUGGUUAUGUUCUGCAGGUACUGGUUGGAAGAGAAUCUGAAUACAAGCAGGUCUACAAGGGAGAAGAAACCACAUUCCACAUCUCAGGCCUUCAGCUGAACACGGACUAUCGGUUCCGCGUCUGCGCCUGCCGCCGGUGCCUGGAGCCCUGGCAGGAGCUGAGCGGCCCCUUCAGCCCCUCGGCGGCCUUCGCGCUGCAGCGCGGCGCCCUGGCGCUGCCGGCCGAGCCGGGCGCCGCCAGCGCCAAGGCCGCGCUGCCCACGGACGAGCAGUUCGCCGCCCUCAUCGUGCUGGGCUUCGCCAGCCUCUCCAUCCUCUUCGCCUGUAUAUUACAGUACUUCUUCAUGAAGUAGACAAUUCAACCGGAGUUUAAAGUACAGGUUUAACUAAUGCUACGCAUUAUAAUCCACACAUUUAUUCAGAUAUUCCUCCUUUUCCUGGUUUUUUUCCUCCUUUUUUUUGUUUUUGUUUUUGGUUGUUGUUGUUGCUGUUUCGAAACCCUUCAUUCUACCGUGCGUUUUUAUAUACUGCUCUUGUUUUUACAGUUAAAGAUAAAUCAGUGUUUUGAUGCACCUUUUUGAAAUUCAGAACUAGGAAGUGGUCAAACUGGAGAAACAAGCAAACCAGAUACCAAAAGCAAGAUUUUUUUUUUUUUCCUUCACGAUUUCAAAAUUGUCAACGAUUUGCCUUUUCAAGGUUGGUUUUGGCUUUUUUCACUGAAGUUCAUGCAGUCUCUUAUUUUAUCUUACUAUUUAGGAAAUUUUAAUAAUGAGUCAUGUUUUUGUCUCUUCUUUUUCCUACUAAACAUUAGUCACAAGUAUGUAUAGUGGUAAGACUAGAAUACAGUGUUAGUCAAGUACCAGUUUUUCCUUGAACAGUAUUAGCAAUUUUGCCUAUGAAUUAUUCACUACAUUUGCCCCAAUUUUUCAAGAUAAAACCUAAGUUUUUGUUUUAACUGUUCAGUGCAUUUAAAUUGGAACAACAUCCUGCAGUUGAAAGACUUUCUUAGUUGCCUGUUAUUUUUACAGUUGCAAACACUAUAAACUGCCUGUAUAAGAAAUCAAAUAACCAAACUACGUAUAAAUUAUGAAGCAUUAUAGAUUUUUUUUUUUUACCAUGUUGAUUCCUAGCAGUAAUUUUAAGUAAGAGGGCAUUGUGCAAUAGUUAGUUAUUCCCAUGUUCAGCUAUUUAAAAGCUGCUUUAACUUGUCUGUUUGUCACUGUAUAUAAGUAUUCCUAAUCUAAUACUAGAUAUUAUUCUAUUACAUUCAGCCUGAUUUAUAUGAUUCGAGCUGGUGACAGCUUACUGCCUCUACUGAAUUAGGUGAGAUUUACACUCAAUGGAAGCAAACUUUAUUGUCAGUAGAUCUUUUUUUUUAUUAUUAAUAUUAUUGUUAUUUUUGGAGGGGUAUCUAUUUUAUGGAACUUUCUUGGAGGUAUCAGAAAUCACAUCUGUUUGUUUUAAAUACCUUAGAAGGGUGUCUAUGCUGUUCUUACCAUGGGGCUGAUUGAAAUAACUUGGUACCUGGCAGAAGUGAGAUGAGAGUCCUGCAGAGGAAUGGUCCCUGCUCUGGUGGCAGUGUCCCCCUCCUGCCUGCCCCUUCCCAGACACGUUUUAAUCCAUCGAGACACUAGAUUUUUAACUCUUGAGUCAUGGGAUUAUUUAUAUUAAGUCAACAUUUUGCAAGUACCUCAGGGACAUAAAUGAGCUGGAGGUGCAAAUAGAUUCCAAAAGGGUGCAACAGACACAGUGUAUUUCCCUGCCUCUUGUUUUUGUAUAUUUUUGCUACUUGAUUUUGCUUUUGUCCUAGCUUUUUUGUGCUCUGUCUCCAUCGUCUAAGAUUCAGUGUCCUGUACUAGCAUAAUAUUCCCUUAACCAAAGUAAUGGGGAAAAAAACAACAUUAUUUUUGUUUUUAGGUUUAUUUAUACUAUAUACUGCAUACAGUACUUUAAAUACCAAUUACAGUGCAAUCUUUUUAUUUAUUGUAAAAAAAUAAAAAAUAAAAAGUGUACUUAUGUACUAAUCUAAACCCCCCUCUCCACCCUCCCUAUAGCAUGUUACAUUUUGUCUGUUUUAUACUGUUGUACUUUAGGUCAACUUUUUACCUGGCAGCAUUCCUAGUAUUAUUAAUCUUCUUGCAUUUUCUUGUGUUUUUGAAGAUGGGAGCAUCUAGUACAUUAAAUGCCAAAAAAAACCCCAUUAUCAGUGAUUCAAACGUUUACAUGUAUCCAAAAACAAAAUCAUCUCUGGAAAGAAAGUGCUAAGAUCAAUGAAUUAUUCUGUGUGCCUCUCUAGAUGUAGCAAAUAUUAGAAAUGUUCUGUAUUUUGUUAUUGACUAUAAUUAGUUUGAUUUAGCCUUGCAAACUAAUGGCAUUGAGCUAAAUAUAUAUUUUUUUUUGUUUUUUGCCAAAGUCAUGGCUUGUCAAAUUUAUUUACAUCUUAUUUAAAUUUAUUUGUGAUAUGAAAUUCUGUGACCUUGCAUCUGUAUUUUGUGAGCAAAAAGUAUACAGCUGUUUUCAUUGGAGGGGAGAAGAGUGUAUUUUUUAAAACAAUGAAAAGACCGCUAGUUUGGAAAAACCCAGAAAUUUGAAUAGAUUGCCUUUUUUUAUUUUUGGUAUAUUGUUUGAGCAGUGCUGCUAUGAAAUCCGAGCUUGACACCUUUGUUUUUUUAAAGAAAAGAAAACAAAACUGCUUUAAUAAAGAAAGGAAAAAACCCAAUGUGCUCUAGAUUAGCGAUUUUGAAAGUUUGAAAUACGAGUGCUACUAAAAGCAGUGAGCAGACGUGGAGGGGAGAGCAGCCAGUCCCACUCAGAGCAUCUCUGUCACUGCUGAUCCUUGUACCCACACCAACCAGAGCCCCCAGUCCACGCCUGAGCUUUUGGGAGAUCCUGCUGGAGCAGCUGGGACAGGCCCCGUGGAUUUGGCCUUUUCAGCCUGUGCCUCCUGCCACGGGGAUCUGAUUGUCACCUGUGUGUCGGUGACAAAGAUGACUGGUGUCACACCCUUCUCUUCUGAGGGAUGUUGUCCCUGACCCACCACUGCUGAUGCCUUGGCCCUUCCCAAACCUCCUCGUGCCCCUGGUCCAGCAGUGGCAGGUGUUGGAUCCGAGCCCAGGGCGCUCUGCUCUCACAGAAAUCACCACCACCACCAACAAAGGUAGAAUGAAACACUACGUAUUUAAUACCCUUGAGGAAGGAGAGAGAUGUUUUUAUAUUGUUCUGCCUUUUUCUUUAUGAACUUGAAGUGUUUUCUAAUCCUGUUUGUUGGCUCCAGUAGCUCAGUAUUCAGUGUCACAAUUGAGAAGUGCCCUAAUUGAAUGUGUAUGAACCUUAUCCUUGCACAGUUCUUUAAAUUGAAAAAGAAAAAAUAAAAUGUUUUUACCUCACUAUGGGAACAUACAUUCCAAGCUUUUCAACUUUAAAAAAAAAAAUAAUCAGCAGUUUUCUUGUAUUGUAAAUUUUAGACUAUUUCAUAUGCAUUAUAUUAAAACUGCCAUAUCAAUUUUAAUGUAUAGAUUUUGCAAAUACUACACUAUGUAUGUAAGACUUAACUGUAUCUGUAGUGUAUAUGUAAUAUAUUUAUGCCCAAUAAAUGUUUUAAUUCUUUCUGUUUUAA